AGUUAUAACCAACGUAAAAUGGAUGACAAUCAAGUACAAGAACGUAAAUCUUUAAAAUCGCACAGUCAAACUAGUUAUGGUUCAACAAAACAGCAUUGUGUGAAAAAUGAAACUUUUAUAAAACAUGAUAUUCUGCCAGGUGACACACUUCAGGGAAUAUCUCUUAAAUAUGGUAUUUCGAUGGAGCAAUUAAAGAGAACCAAUGGAAUAUGGUCAAACGAGAGCUUGGUUAUCUACGAACACUUAUUAAUACCUUCCACCAGUUCAGUUGGAGAAUAUGCUGUUAGGCGGAAGAAUUUAGCUGCAAAAGGAAGAAGUAAAACUAUCGACCUGUGUUCUAGUCCCAAAGCAUCUGUUUCUGAUAUUUUGGAACGUUUUGACACAAAUUUAAAAAGUUUAAAAUCAAGAGUCGAUCAACUUGAAGAGAGUUCAACCUUUAGCCGGACUUCGUCUACCAAUACAUCAGAAGAUUUAAGAAAAGAACCAGAUCUUGUCAUUAGGACAAAGAGGACAGUCUCUUCUUCGUUCAAGGAGUUGCAAAAUACUGAAGAAACAAUAUUUCAAUUAUGA